GAAUAUUUGUGGAGACUAAACAUGGAUGUGAACACAGUGAGGUAGUGGGUGCUGUGUUUCAGCAGUGCCAGCAGCGACAUGAAAGACAACCACACUCUGGGCAGCUUACGUGUGAAUUCCCUUUCAAAAAAAGUUCAAAAUGUGGCCUUAAAAAGGUAAAGUGAUGUUCACUGUCUUUUGGGAUAGGAAAGAGGUGAUUUCCUGGCACCUGGACAAGCCAUCAACUUUAACUGCUACAUCCAAGAUGCUGACUAAACUGAAGGCUCCUUGGAGAAUUGCCUUAGGACAGUAUAAGCUUGUUACAGGAAAUCAAGACUUCAUCAUCAUAUCUGGUAGAUAUUUUAAAUUUGCCACUAACUUUUCAUCUAUGAUUAAUGAGUCUGUUAUUUUAAAUUUUAUGCGUAGUUCAUGUGAUAUGACUUCAGUAUGAACCAGAAUGUUUAAUAAAACAUAAAACUGAGCUUCAGCUUUGCAGUUUUAACUAUACUUAAUUUUUUUUUUACUCUCUGUUGAUAUAGAUUCUUCCCAGUUUUGAAACUUCCAUUUAUUUCUCUUUCUUGUAAUGUGGUCUUUUACUAUCUUCUAAGGAAGAUUAGAUCUUCAUGCUAAUCUCCCUUGAUGGGAAUUCUCUUAGUUGUUGUUAUAGAAGUUCUUUAUAGAUUUCCAGUAUGUGUGACAGUCUAACAAGUGUUCUUCAUUCUUUAGUUCUAUGAAUAUCAGAUUUAAUUAAAUUCAGUUGAAAGAUGAAACAAAGAAUUGACAGUUUUUUGCUAGUUUUUAAUCUCUCCAGAGAAACUGCCUACAGUUAUUCUAUUUGGAAAAAAUAUGGAAAUAUUUUCACUGGGAAUUGCUAGUGGAAACCAUUGACUCAUUUCAUAGAAAUUAAUUUUGUUCAUUAAAGAACAAACAAAAAUAAAGGCUGUUACAUUUGAUCAUCAUUUGCAGGAGAGGAUACUAUAACUUGUGCCUUAGCAAGCAGUUCAGAGACUCACCCUUGUUCUGUAUCUCACUGUGGAAAUAUUUGGCAAGUUGGACUACAUUGAUUAUGAGUCAAAUGAAUAAGCAACAAAAGCUGCAUAUAGCCAACCUUCUAAGAAUAAUGGCUCAUCAGUCAAAGAAAAUUUAUCUCCCUUUUAAGUACCAGUGAAUUUGUAAUUAGUUUACUGUGUCCUUUACUGUGUCCAAUUCAGGCACCCAGUCCCAGAAGAUGAUCUGGAAAGAUGGAUACAUGGCCUUUUUGAUGUUGAGGGAACUGGGUUUCUUCAGUCUGGUGACAGAGGCUAAGGGGGGGCAGUUUAAUAGUUCCAUACAUCUAUUGAAAGGGAACAGAGCCAAAGAUGAUACACUGUAACUGAGUAGCCACAAGGUAGGCCAGCUUCAGCUUGAAUGUCGGGUGAAGUUCAGUUACUAGUGACAGGGCAUUGGGAUGGGCUUUCCAGAGAGAUGAUACAAUCUCAGUCCUUUGGGGUGUUCUAGAUCAAGUUAGACAAAGCCAUGACAGAGAUGGUGUGGUGCUGAGCCCACCUGCUUUGAGCAGGAGGUCAGUCAGGGUGACAACUGUAUGUCAUGACUUUGCUACAUUUGAAAUCAUUUUGAUAGGAAUUUAAUGUACUCUUGUCUUUUGAAAUGGACUGCAAAAGAUGGAAAGAAAGAAGAUAUCUUUGUCAAGAUGUGCUAACAUGAAUGAUAAAUGUAGAUGAAUUCAAAUCAAGCAUUUCCUUUGAACUUUUAAGGUUCAGCAGAGGAGAAAAAAGGAAAAUGUUACUUCUUUUUGAAAAAUACAAAUUAAACAGAAAUGUCUGCUUACAGGAAACGCUUUUUUCCUAACUGUUUUUAGUUCUGAUUUUUUUUUUUUUUUAACCUCCUUAACAUCUCUGACACAUAUCCCUGGAAGACAGCAAAGCUCUCUGGAGAGGAUGUCGGGGCAGCAGAUGGGGGCCUCAGUGCCUCCUGGCAUGGAUCACUAAGACAAUCACUAAGCCCAAUCACUAAGACAACACCAGGCAAUGGAGCCCAGCAGCAGCUCCCUGGCAGGGGCCCUCCUCACCCACUGAGGUGAUUCCCUGCUUCAGUGCAAAACACAUCUGCCCGGGAGCCGAGGGCAUCACAAAAACAUGCUGUGUUUUGGGGUGAGCAAGGUUGCCCUGCAUGCAGUCUGGUCCCCAGCCCAGGGCACGUCACUCUCUGUGAGGUGACACUCCUUGCUGUGAUGUCACAGUUGUUGCUUUCACCCCUGUGGCAGCGGUGGGAGUGGUGGCUCAGUCCGCUUGUGGGACGCGCAGGAAGUGAACCCAGAGAGAGCGUUGUGUCUAUCUGGAGACAUCCUGCUGUGAUGGAGCGGCUGAGAGCCCUUCGAGGUCUCUUUGCCUGUGUGGGCUGCAUGCCCAGACGUACACGUCGCAGGGAGAGAGGCAGGGUGGAAAGCCCUGUCCCUGUCUGUGCCGUGACUUUACUGCUGCAACGUCUGCAAGACAAGGAGGGUGACCGAGCGCAGGCGUACUGCGAGCUGGAGCACGUCCUGAGAGAAGAUGACAGCCGCCCGCCGUGCGGAGUGGUGAACCGGCUGCUGGCAGAGGUGUCCCAGGACCUGACAGCAGCCCAGGGCGUGACAGACAGCAUGAGAACGGCUGCCAGCAAUGUUCUGGUGGCUCUGGCCAGGACACACUUCACCAUGGUGAUGGCCGAGCUCCAGGGCCACCUGAAGGCCACACAGGAGAUGUCCAAGGAGUUUGUUCUGAUCACCCUGAGCAAACUCUUCAGCAGCUAUGCUCCACAGUGCAUUUCCUUCGUGUGGCUGACGCUGGCUGGCCUGCGUAGUGUGGUGGGCCAGGUGAGGAGUGGCCGGACCCUGCGCAUAGCUUGUGCUGUUGUGAAACAAUGGAUGGACGGAGUCAAGAUUCACUUGUCCUCCGGAAAGCAAUGCCCCUGGCCUGCCACAGAGAAAAAGCAAAUCUAUGAGAAUCUUGAUGAGCUGUUCUUCUCUGUGGUGAGGAACUGGCAGGACUGCCAGGAGGAAGAGGACAAACAGGCCGUCUUCGGGGCUGUGGCUGCCAUGUUGAGUGUCCUCCUGGUAAAUGGUCCUUUCUGCAGUCUGUCACGUAAAUGCAGUCAAGAGCACAGAGAAAUUGAGCUGCCACAUAACAGUUACAACCUUAUGCAGUCUGAUUUCUUAUUGCAGGCCUGA